AUGUAUAAUCCAUACCAACAGCAACAACAACAGUACGGGUUCAAUCCUCAAGCUACGGGGUUUAAUGGUGGCGGAUUCCAACAACAACCGCCCCAACAGCAGCAACAACAGUUUAACCAGUACGGCCUUCAAUCGCAACAGACUGGAUAUGCUCCGCAACUUCAGCCUCCGCAACUUCAGGGACAGGCAACAGGCUUUUACCAGCCACAACAGCAACAGCAACAACCACAACAGCCUCAGCUCUUGCAAUCUCAACCAACAGGUUACAUCCAAACCCAGCCUACUGGAUUUGGUGCUAGUGCCCCCACCGUCACUGAAAACAAUGAAUUGAAGAUCCCUUCAAUUAGAUUGUCAUUCCUUACUGCUAGUGACCAGAACAAGUUUGAACAUUUGUUCAGAACUGCAGUUCCCAAGGGUGAACAAGCCAUUUCUGGGGAUGCUCUGAGAGAUAUCCUUUUGCGCUCUGGACUUGCUCCAGUGACACUUGCUGAGAUUUGGGCUCUUGCAGACACCAAUAAGUCUGGUUCAUUGUUGUUUCCAGAAUUUGCCUUGAGCUUGCACCUUUGUAACUUGUCCUUGAAGGGUGAACCAUUACCAGGUGUGUUGCCAGAAAAAUGGCUGAAUGAAGUGAAAAGCUUUGUUGAUGCUAUUAGUUUUAGUGUCCCUGAAGACUCUAGUAAGAUUUUGGCAAACACUCCGUUUGCUUCUUUUGGGAACACUCCUGCUGCGUCUGAUUGGUUGGCACCACAGGCAACUGGAUACAACCCCCAAUCCUCUGGUAAUGCACCACCAACGUCAUUCCAACCACAGCAGACGGGAUUCCAACCACAAAUGACUGGUUAUCAAUCACAACCACCACCAACAGGAUUCCAACCUCAACCAACGGGAUUUCAAUCCUCUUUUGGUACAACUCCGGCUUUAACUUCGCAAAGAACAGGAGGGGGAUCUUUGAUUCCAUUGCAACCUCAGCAAACUGCUGGACUUGUUCCUGCUCAGAAAACAGGCCCUUUGCAACCACAGCUGACUGGUUACCAACCUCCUCCUCUUUUAUCUUCGCAAAGAACUGGCAAUGGAUUCCAAAACCAACAGGCACCAAUCGCCUCUCAAAAAACGGGCCCUUUGACUCAACAAGCUACAGGAUUUCAACCUCAACCAACUGGAUUCCAACCGCAAUUGACAGGCGCACCUGCACCUUUACAAUCCCAACCUACUGGUAGACCAGGGGAAUGGGGAUUUGUUUCGAUGCCUACCGGUGGUAUCCCUGGAUUGAAUGCUAUUCAAAACCAUUUCCUCCCUUCUGCUCAAUUGCCAUCUUCUCAACUUCAAGAUGCAAUGGGUGGAGCAUUGAAGACUAAUGUCACCUGGGCCAUCACCAAACAAGAAAAACAGAUUUAUGAUGGAAUUUUUGGCGCUUGGGAUACAAACAAGAAAGGCGCAAUUAGUGGUGAUGUUGCUAUUGGAAUUUUUGGGAAGUCUGGAUUAGGAAGACCAGAUCUUGAAACUAUUUGGAACCUUGCUGAUGCCAACAAUAAUGGUAAGUUGAACAAGGAUGAAUUUGCUGUAGCCAUGCAUCUUGUCUACAGAAGAUUGAACGGUUUUGACUUACCUAUCAGAUUACCACCUGAAUUAGUACCACCAUCGACUAAGUAUUUACAGGACUCGAUGGAUACUUUGAAGAGUUCCCUUAGAUCAAAUAACACCACCAAGAAUGUUAAGUCAACUACCUCAAAACCUACUGCGAAAACCGAUGGUACCAGAUAUAAAAACGACGAUGAUGACGUAGGAUAUGUUUCCAACUCACGCCAUAGAAGAAGAAAUGGUGGUGAUGAAAGCAGUAGCGAUAAUUCAUCAUCUCAUUCUUCACUCUCUAUUGAAGAUUUGAAGAAAUUGAUUAGAGAAAAGAAAAUCUUAUUGGAAGCUAUUGAUGCCGAGGAUCAAGAUUCUGCACAAAGGAAAAGUCAAGAGGCUUCAAGAAACUUAAGUGAAAUCGAGUCUUUGAAGAAAAAGGUGCAAGCGGUUCAAUACCAAUUGGACAAUUCUGCUAGUGGUGUUUCUCAUAACAGCAAGAAGCAAUUGUUAGAGAAGUUGAACACAUUGACUCGUGAUAAGGUUCCUGCCUUGAUUUCUGACAUCUAUGCUAUCAAUCAAAACAUUGUGAAUGCAAAGAUUGAACUUUCUAAGCAAAAAUUAAUGAAACAGAAUCCACAAUGGCAACCUGAUACUUCUGAGGCUACCAUUGUUGGAACAGGUGCAAAUGGUGAGGUUACUGAUCCCGAUAGAAGAAAAUUCAAAUCUAAGCAAUUGUUGAAGCAAAGAAUGGCUGCAUUGACUGGUAAAUCCUAUGGUGGUGGAAACCAAGAUUUAGAUUUGAGUUUGAAGCAAGAUAUUGAACUGGCAAAGAAAGUGAGCGAGGACCAAAAGAGUAUUAUCGCUGACAUUGAAUCUGGCAUUAAGGAAGUGGAGAAUAGUUGUUUCAAUAAUCUCCAAAUUACUAGCAAGGAAGAGAUUGGUGAUACCAAAUGGGAAAAGGGAAAUGGAGUCACCCCAGAAGUUGGCAGAUUCAUUCAAGAAUUGAACAAGUUUGCCGCAUCACAAGUGAACCAAACACAAAGAGAUGUUUCCUCACAUCCCACUCUGAAAUCAGAAUCAUCCUAUAAGCCUGUACCACAAGCGCCUUCCCCUGCACCAGCUAAUGCUACAACGUACAAGAGUGCCGAAGACAGAGCCGCUUAUAUUAAGGCUCAGGCUGAAAAGAGAAUGAACGAGAGACUUGCCAAACUUGGAAUUACAAGAAGAAAGACAUUUGCGGAAGAGUCGCCUAAGCAGGAAGAGCAGCCAAUCCAAAAGACUGCCCCUGAACCUGUCCCUCCUAAAGUUGAAGCUCCAGUCGAGGCCGUAAGAGAGUCUCCAAUUGUCUCGGAACCUGAACCCGCCAAGAAAGAUCCAGAACCGGAGUCAUCGGAUGAUGAUGAUGAUGAAUAUGCCGAGUUGUUAAAGCAGAAGCAGAAAUUGGAAGCGGAGGAAAAAGAACGUAAGUUGAGGAAGAAGAAAGACAAAGAAGCUCGUUUGGCGAAAUUGAAGCAAGAAAUGGAGGAUUUGAAGAAAAAGGAGGAAGAAGACUCCAGCGACGAUGAAUCAGCUCCUGUAACUCUGGUUAAAACAUAUCGUGCAACAUCAAAUACUAAUCCAGAACCUGCUCCAUCCACCAUUGAAGCGCCAACAGCAAAGGAAAUUGAGCCCGUUCCGCAAGUAAGCAAUGGAUCAGUACCAACCGCCACGACUCCGUCUGUUACUGGCACACAUGCUGGUAACCCAUUUGCAAAGAAGGAACCAACUUCAGGUACUUCUUCAAGAGCUAACACUAACCCUUUUUUCAAGCCUUCUGCACCAGCAGCUACUAUUGAUCCAAAAAAGGCUGCUGCUCAAAGAGCUUCUCAAAGAGGUUUGGGUAAUGUUAGCGAUGGUUGGAGUGAUUCUGAAGACAAUGUAAGUGAUGAUGAUGGUCCAAACAAUGCAGGUGCAGCACAGCUUGCAAGCUUAUUAUUCGGAGGAAUGUCACAACCAACUAAGCCCGAUACUCCUCCAGUGGAAAAGCCAAAAAUUCCCGAAGUGGAACUGAAGAGAGAAGAAGAUGAUGAUACUGAUAGCUUCAGUACUCCUCCUCCAGGGAUUUCGACGAGUGUUGAAACUAUGUCUGUUCCCCAACCUGCACAGGUUCCACCACCAGUUCCAUCAGGUAUUCCACCACCAUUACCAGCUUCGAGUAUUCCUGCCCCACCACCACCGCCACCUUCUGGAGCACCACCACCGCCACCUUCUGGAGCACCACCACUUCCACCUUCUGGAGCACCUCCUCCACCACCUCCUCCACCACCUUCUGGAGCACCACCACCUCCACCUCCUCCACCACCUUCUGGAGCACCACCUCCUCCACCACCACCACCACCAACUGCAACAGGAGGGUUACCAGCCCCUGCAGCUCCUUUUGACUUGGGUCCAUUGUUGGGUCAAAUUACCGGAGGUGCAUCUUUGAGAAAGGUAGAUGACAGUGAGAAGCGAAUUGCAGAUGGCUCAACUGUAGGUAGAGUUCUUUAG